CAAAAAAAAGCAAAAAAUCUAAAUAGCAAUAUUCGGUCGUUUUUUUUUAUUUUAGUUUUCUCUCUAGUUAAGUUAUUCGAUUUGAAAAAAAUGACAAUGGUAAAAUGGUCCAAAUAAGAAAUUUGUGGUUGAAAGAACUAAAGUUGGCGGCUUGGAAAACUAACACCCUUAAUUUGGAUCAAAUUCUAUUCUUAUUCACCCAAGACAAAAGUUAAUUAACGAUCAUUGUAAUACAUAAAUUACAAUAAAAAUAUUACUAUUCUUUCUCGGAUGAUUUGUCUUUUUCAUUUAAACAAUUUAAACUACAAGUGGCCGUCCGGGCAUCCGGCCGAGCCGAACAUCUAGUCAUAAAUUAUAACAAAAAAAUAUACACGUUGAGUUUAUAUUAACGCUGAUGAAUCAAUGAAUAUUCCGAUGCUACCUUCCGAUGGUCAAUAAAAGAACAACAGAACAAAUAUAGUAGUAGUAUUUGUUGGUUAGAUGUGAUUCUGGAGACAAUUUUCAUAAGGGAUUACCAAAGCUUUUUCCUCCAAUAUAAUUAUUCCUUUCAUUUCAAUUCAAUAGGGACAUUUUCUUUUAUAGUAAAAUUUUUUAAAAUUCAGUCUCAUCUCAGACAUUAAUAUUAAUUUAUUUAUAAAUUGUCUAAUAUACCCUAAUUAGUAACUCUUUAAUCUAAGAAUAUUUAAUUGAAUUUAACUCGUAAUAUCAUUAUAUUAAUUGGUAAUCACUAAUGAGACAUAUUAAGUAGUAAAUUAUUAAAAAAUUAACCGUUUAACCUAUUACCGUGUUUGUCUAAAUGAGUAUAUUGAAUUGGGAUGGAAGGAGGUAAAACUUUAUUUAAUUUCCAAGGUUCCACUAUGGAUCAUUGGCUACAUUAAUUAAUUAAGUUUUUUUGAAUUAUUUUUGCUGCUGGAAAAAAAAAAGAAAGAAAAACAUAAAAGGGACGAUUCUUUCGGUUCAAUCCACGGAGUUUCGGCCCCAUUUUGGCGGCUUUUUCUUCUGCGACAAGAACCCUAAUUUGGGAUAGAAUGUAAAUCGAGGAAAAAGAUGUAAUUGCGAUCAUUGCUCUGCUGCUGCUACUGCCGUGGUUAUACAGCUGAUUUCCAAGACUCUGCAUUUGUUCAAUUGUUUCAUUUGCUAUUGAACUGGACAUCCUUAAUUGUGAGUGCCCUAGUUAAAGAAAUUGAAUCGUACUAAGUCGUUUUAGGAGAACCAAGCUGAACAAUUUACAACUCUUUGGCAAAGGAUUUCUAUUGUUGGCUGGUCCGGCGAAGUGGUUUAUAAGAUGAAUAAAGGAAAUGCUUCAAGUUAUGGUGUUGUUGCUUUGGCUAGUGUAUCUCAGAUUGCCAACUUUCUAUCAUGUAUCUUUCCUGCUGUAACUGCUGGUAAUGUGAGAGCUCUUCAGCAUCAUUCUCAUCCUCCGAAUCUAUGUCCCAAUUCCCGGUUCGGCUUCCAUUCUUCUGCAGAAAUCGUUGUUGACAGUAAUUGUUCUAGCUUGAAAUCCAUUGAGUCUAUUACCUUUGGGAACCUGAGGAAUGUUAUAAAGAAAAUUAACAAUCUUGAUGAUGCUCGCAAAAUCUAUGAUCAGAUGGUCCUAAUGAAGCCUCUCCCUCACAUGAUUCACUUCAACCGAGUUAUUGCACGCCUUCUCAAGACGAAGAAUUACUUGUUUGCCGUUUCACUUUACAAAAAUCUGCGCAUUCGAGGCAUCCAAAUAGAUGAGCGCACACUGAAUUUGGUUGUAAGUUGCUAUUGCCAAGAGGGUCUAGUGAAAUUUUGAUUUGCUAUAUUAGGAACCUUUUUUAAGCUUGGACUUGUGCCUGAUGCCUUCACCUUUUACACUUUACUUAAUGGUUACUUUCGACUACAUAGUGUUACAGAUGCAGAAGAAUUAUUUACGAAGAUUAUAAAGGAACAGCUGUGUCGACCAGAUGAGGUAAUGUUUGGGAUUUUUAUAGACAGGGUGUCCAAGGCUGGGAACAUCAGUAAAGGUAUGGAGUUCCUCAGACUCAUGGAAAAUGGAGAUACUAAACCCAACGCCAUCAUCUACAACUCUGUUAUCGAUGCCCUCUGUAAGGAUUAUAGGAUGGAUGAAGCUCUUGGUCUCUUAGCUGAGAUGAUUGAGAAAGGCAUUGCCCCAAAUGUUGUCACUUACAAUUGCUUGAUUCGGGGUUUUUGUUAUUCAGGCAAAUGGAACGAGGUGAAAAGGUUGGUGACAGAGAUGAUCAGUUAUGGUAUUGCUCUAGAUGUAAUCACUUACAAUAUCUUAAUAGAUUCAUUUUCCAAGAACAGAUUGAUGAAAGAUGCCUAUGAUGUAUAUGAAACCAUGGUUCAGAAAGGUGAAACUCCUGAUAUUUUCACAUACAAUACACUGAUGCAUGGAUAUUGUUUGAAUGGCCAGACACAUAUAGCCAAAAAAGUUUUUGACGCCAUGGUUGCUGAUGGAUUGAUUCCUGAUAUCACCUCCUACAAUAUUUUGAUGCAUGGAUACUUUAAGAGAAAGAAAUUUGAAGAGGCAAUGAACAUCUUCCGGGAGAUUGAUCUAAAGGGAUUAACUCCUGAUAUUAAAAUGUACGACAUUAUCCUGAAAGGAAUGUUUCAACUCGGGAAGUGUGAUACUGCAAAAGAAAUAUUUCGUAGGAUGCAACUCAGUAGCCUGAAACCUACAUUUUACACCUAUUGUGUGAUGUUAGAUGGUCUCUGCAAGAAUGGGCAUGUUGAUGAAGCAUUGCUACUAUUCCAUGGGAUGGAAAUGGAUGGAGUGGAGGAAGAUAUAACUAUGUAUAACAUCAUCAUUGAUGGAUUGUGUAAAAGUGGAAGAAUUGAUGCUGCAAGAAAGAUCUUCCACAGUUUAUCUCUAAAAGGAUUUGAUCCUGAUGCUACAACAUAUACUACGAUGGUAAGUGCCCUUUGCAGACAAGGUUUGCUGGAGGAAUCUGAAGAGCUUUUUGCCCAAAUGAAAGUAAAUGGUUACGUGGGAAAAUGAAGCUAUUUUGCAAUUACAUCGUUCUAGGACUUCCUCAGGGGGUAAAUACAAUGAUGCUACUGACUAUAUUGAAGAAAUGGACAGGAAAAGAUUUCCUUAGGAUUUAUGUAGCUCAUCCCGAGUUCAGGAUUUAAUCUCCAAACAAAAUAUUGUUGAUUUUCGUGAAAAAAACUUGGGAAAUUUGGUCCCCUUGAAACAAUCAAUAUAAGGGCAAAUUGGUCCCCUGGAAACUCGAUCGGCUUCUGCCUGGUCUGUUGCCUUCAAAAAUAAGGAUGGCGCAGUGUUAUUUCUCUAGGUAGUCUAUUUCAGGGGUUGGAAAUUGGAUCCCAACAUUCAGGCUUUGUAGUUCAUGAUUCUGGAUUUCUGGUAACGGAACAAAGUGGAAAUUUUGCAGAACUUUGUCUGUUCUAGUUUGACUGGGGAGAAGAGUUUUGGGAGGAUUGGCCAUUGGAUCCAAACAUUAUUGCCAAUUUUUUACUAAUUUUGUUAAGUGAGUUUAUCCUCUUCACUCCAAGGGAGAGCUUGAUCAGCUACACGCUGUAACAAAUGAAAUCAAGUUAUUUGCUAUUUAUGUUGCAUAGAAUUUGCUUUUGUCAUUAGUUGAUUAGCUAUUCAGGAAGAGAGCUUUGUUUUGUUUAUGACUUAAUAUGACAGAUCUGAAUUUUGUAAAAUCAUGUGACAGAUCUGAAUUAAUAUGACUAAUCCAGUUCAUAUUAAUGUCAUAUCUCUGUUCUUCUGUGAAUUAAUUGACGAAGAAAAACCAAC